AGGAAACCUCGUCCGGAGUGAGACCUCGCCUCGCGCUACGUCACCCCUCUUUGCCGGCAGCCUUGAGCCCCAGUUAGCAGCGCGAGCUAAUCCCGCUAACCAGCUAGCGGCUAGCAAGAGUCUGCGUGUGAUGGCGGAGCUGCAGGGACAGGCCUCGCUGGGGCAGCCGGGGCUGAAGGCAGACGGGCUGGCCGACGUUCUCCAGAGGGCCCGCCAGAUGGUGGGUAAGAUGGGCGGAGACGCCAUGUCUCACCUCAACAGCUCCUCAGGAAGCAUUGAGCCCUCGCUGUACUACCCUGGACAGAAACGACCAGGAGAAGACGGAGGUAACCAGCUAGCAGCCAUGGGGCAUCAAAGCAGGGUAAUCACAGAGGAUUACAAGGUCCCCGACAGGAUGGUCGGCUUCAUUAUUGGAAGAGGAGGGGAGCAGAUCACCAGGAUCCAGUUGGAGUCCGGCUGCAAGAUCCAGAUUGCUGCCGACAGCGGAGGUCUGAUGGAGCGGCCAUGUUCCCUGACUGGAACUCCAGAGAGCAUCGAGCAGGCGAAGCGUCUCCUGAUCCAGAUCGUGGAUCGCUGCAGAAACGGUCCGGGUUUUCACGGCGACGGUGAAGGCGGAGCCUCCGUGCAGGAGAUGCUGAUCCCUGCCAGCAAGGUGGGGCUGGUGAUUGGCCGAGGAGGAGACACCAUCAAACAGCUGCAGGAGCGUGCGGGGGUGAAGAUGAUGAUGAUCCAGGACGGUCCGAUGCCCACGGGAGCCGACAAACCUCUCCGCAUCUCCGGAGACCCGUACAAAGUGCAGGCAGCGAGGGAGUUGGUGCUGGAGGUGAUCCGGGAGAAGGACGGAGACUUCAGGUCGGGACGCAACGACUUCAGCGCUCGUCUGGGAGGAGCCAGCCUGGACUCCGUCUCUCUGCAGGUUCCAGUUCCCAGGUUUGCUGUCGGCAUCGUGAUCGGCAGGAACGGAGAAAUGAUCAAGAAGAUCCAGAACGACGCCGGAGUCCGGAUCCAGUUCAAAGCAGAUGACGGCAUCAGUCCAGAGCGCGUUGCCAUGGUGAUGGGUCAGCCAGACCGCUGUCAGCAUGCUGUUCACCUCAUCAACGAGCUCAUCCAGACCGCACAGGAGCGUGAUGGUUUCGGCUCGGCCCUGCGGAGCGGCAGGGUCAGAGGUCGUGGUGAUUGGACCAUGGGCUCCCCCGGCCCGCUACAGGAAGUGACCUACACCAUCCCGGCUGACAAGUGCGGCCUGGUCAUCGGCAAAGGAGGAGAAACCAUCAAGAGCAUCAACCAGCAGUCCGGGGCCCACGUGGAGCUCCAGAGGAACCCCCCCCCCUCCACCGACCCCAACACUCGGGUCUUCACCAUCCGGGGUACCGCCCAGCAGAUGGACCUGGCCCGCCAGCUCAUAGACGACAAGAUCGGGGGUUCGGGGAUCAUGAGUAACGGAGGUUUUGGAUUCAGUCCUUUCACUCAGGGACCUGCUGCCCACCAGAACUGUGGCAGCGGUCAGACCUUCCUCACUGGCGUUUGGGGAAACACCUACCAGACCAGCUGGCAGAACCCUGGACAACAAGACCCCGGUCAACAGAACCAACCUCAGAGCCUGAUGGCCGACUACAGUAAGGCCUGGGAGGACUACUACAAGAAGCAGAGUCAGUCGUCUCAGCAGAGUUCAGUUCCAGACUACACUGCAGCGUUAGCAGAAUACUACAGACAGCAGCAGCCCUACCUGUGGAAUGCCGCCCAGAUACAGAACGAGGAAGAGCAAUGAUGUCAUUUCCUGUCUCUUCAGGAUCACUAGAGGCUCCUCCCCCUCCGCUCAAGGCCUGGGACGGUCUUCCACGGCAACCGAAUCGGGGUUUCCUAGCACCGCUCUGCCGCUUCCUCCUUCUUUUUGUAGAGAGAAACUAAGGAUUAACUGAAAAAAUCACGAACUCUUUUCUUUUCUGUUUUUUAACCUUACAAAGUCGAUAUUUUGUCAGGCAGAGUUUUUGGGACUAGCCUCUGGUCUCUCUCCACAAGACCUGGUUUUUCUUUUGUUUUUCUUUUUUAUCAAACUUGAACUUAAAGAUGUAUCAGUGUGGCUUUGAACAAAAAAAAAUCCAGUAUAAUCUAUAUUUUGUCUAGUUUUAUUUUCCAAUAAGAAAACGGUAUAAGGCUUAGCAGUCUUGAGUGAGAAAAUCAGAUAUUAUUAUUAUUAUUAUUGUUUAUGAUAAUGUUUUAAAGCAUGCGUCAGAUUGUGUGUGUUGACUCUCAGUUAUUUUAUUUUAUUUUUUUGGCAUAGAAAUAUUUUAAUAGCGUCAGAUGGAAAUUUAAUGUUUUACAGACAAAAAAUUGUUUUUGUACUAAAUUCGUGCUCGCCGGGUCUGUUUGUUCUCGCUCUAAUUUUACCUGUUCAGUCGCCAUCUUGUUUUCCUUUUGGUUUGAUGAUAGUUCUUAUCCUGUAUCUCUAGACUCUUUAGUUUUUAUGAUGUACUGACGAAUAAAUGAGGAUUUAUAUUGCGCUGUCUGAAGCCAGAUCUCUCUGUGGUGGAACGGUUUGUCCUCCUUGGGAUUCGAACCUCCAGCCGACGCCACGUUUCUCAGCUUUCGAUUCUCAAACGGGGGGAAAAAUUACCGUUUUCUUACAAAGUGAAACAUUAUUGUCGUAACUUUAGUUCUGCGUUUCUACUUUGUCGAUUAGUUUGUAGAAGAGUUCGGAGCUGAUCAAUGAAGUUAUCGACUCUAUUAGCGAUACAUUGGCUAAACCGGCGCAUUGGCUAAACGUGCAAGUUAGCAAAAAGAUGUGCGUUACCUCAACUGUGUUAGCGGAGCGAGUGUGGCGGAUGUUUAUUAGCUGAGUUUUCUGAACAAUACGCGUUUGUGUUGGCCGUUUGCGUUAGCUAGCAGACUGAGUUAGCUUUUACUGAACAUGCACAUUAACAUUUUUCAGUUUUUUUUUUUUAGAUAUUGUGAAUUUCUCCCAUUUGAAAAAAAUAUAUAAUUAAAACUUUCAGCAAACUAGUGAAAGAAAUGUCUCCAAAGAUCAUUGAAAUAAAACCUGAUAAACAGGAAUAGAAUCCACAAACUGCCAUCCGCUAAAACUACCCGGCUAGCGAAGGGAGACGCAUCUUUCAGUAACGUGUCCAAGUUCCCGAAUUACGGCAUUAGCAUUAGCCGAACAUUCGUUAGCUAUGCUGUUAUUCCUUAGCUAAGCUGAGCUCGGUGAAUGUGUAGCUCAGCUAGCGUUAGCCUGCUGUGUGUUUAACGCUGGAUUCUAUUUCUCGAACAUUCACGAUUGUCGUUUUAAACACAUUAACAAACAUGGAAGUAUUUUUUUCUCCUUUUCAAUUCAAACCCGCGUGCCAUUAGCAUUUCUGAUCUACCCGUUAGCUUGUUUAAUGCACAAGGUUGUGAUUUUGACUUUAAAUUUUUGCCCCCCUUUGCAUCCAGAGACAUUUGUGUUCCUUCGUUGAAGUGCGAUUCCUGCCUUCGCUGUUUGUGUGUGUGUGUUUGGGCGUUAGCUGGGCGUUGUGCGUUAGCGGUUAGCUCGUCGUGUCGACCACAGAGAGGUUUGUCUUACUUUGAAAGAUCUGCGUCUGUUGAGUUGAAUAUUGAAUCAGUGGUUCUGCGUCUUGUCUGUGUGAUGAUGAUGAUGAUGAUGAUGAUGAUGAUAAUAAUAAUGACGACGAUAAUAAUGAGUUCUCCUGUACAGGGGUCUAUUUAAAUCUCUAUCCAGUUUUGAGUAUUCAGUUUGUCGAUAAGAUAAUAUGGUUUGUGUAAAUUUCCACUUCCUGGCGGGUGCUCUCCAGUAAAAUGUACUUUGUGCUGUUGAUUUUGUUUAAUUCACAUGUUGUCUAACAAAGCAAAGAGAAGCUGAGUUUUAUUUUCUCAAGACUGCUAGGCUACCUGUCUCUCUUCUACCUGUCUCUCUCUUUUCGUCUGUCUGUCUUGGUCUGUCCGGGUGUCGGCACGUUCAAUAAAUUGUUGGGAUUCGUGAUGAUUAUCAUUUCUCCACCGCGUCCGUAAUCGGACCGCUUGAUCACGUGAUCGAUCCCGCGGCUCGUUAGCGUGGCGGCUCCCAGACGAGGACGGCGUAGUGAGGUUUAACUCCCCAAAACAUGACCGAACGAGCAGCGGAGUGGACGGCGGCUCAGGGCCCCGCGGGUCUGAACCGGUGACCUACCGGUCACACCGACGGCCCCGAACCAGCCCCGGACACUCCAGUAGCUCCUGCUAGUCCCUUUUUGGUUUCUGUUUUCUAACUGUAACCUGCAGAUUUUUCUAUUAGAUUCUAUCGACCGAUAAGAGUUGUGUUUGAACCCGAGCCACGAGACUGUCGGUGGCCGAGGAAGAGGAAGAUGAUGAAGAUGUUGAUGAUUAACAUGAGGGCUAAUAAACAGGCUCGUUCUUUCUGA